UUCCACCCUUUUUCCCCUCCUUUUUUCAUUUCGGAUCUUUCUAUUCCGUUGUCAGCAGUUACUCAGGUUUUAAUUCUAGAAUUUUUCACAUAUCCGGUUGUUUACGCAUGCCCAGUUUGCAACUUCUAUGGAAACAAACAAUAUGGCGGAAAGUUUGUAAGAAAAGUCUUUUAAAAUGAGUUGAAAACCAAUCCAAAAUGCCAAUCACAAAGAUCCCAAUCGUCCACAAGUUUGGGAUCAUUUCCCAUAGCCAGCGAUUAGAACUUCAGGAGCGACUCUUGAAGCAGUCUUAUUUACAGAGUAUUCAAAGUCAAAAGGCCUUAGUAAAGUCAAGUAAAAAUCCUCUUGAGGUAUCUGAAGAAUUUAUUCGAAACUACAACAGUAGCCUCAGUUUGGAAGACAGGGAAAAGUAUGAAGUAACAGCUCACAAGAUGUUAGAGAGGGCAAAGAGAAGGGCUGGGCUUAAAAACUGUGGUGUGGGUCCAUAUGUUAAUCUCCCUAUGGCAUGGACAGAAUUGGCUCAAUUAGCGCAGUGUAAAGGAAAAAUUCAAGAGGAAUGCCUUGAUGUGCUAAUUACCUCCCUUGAUCAGUCUCCUCUGGAGAAAUAUCAUAUCCCUGCACUGUUUUUCUUGGCUGAGACAAUGCUUUACUGGCUAAGAACAGAUGCUGUGCAUCAACCAUAUCUUCGUACAGGGGAGAUUAAACUACUGAAGAUGGGACAGCUGACUUUCACAAGAUUAUUUUAUCACCACAUGGCUGGACAACUCCAAGGACAAAUUGACUUCAAAAAUCGACUCUUUACCUACUUAGAUGGUAAGAUAUUUUCCUUAUCAUUAAAAUUAUGCUAUGAUACACAAAAUCUUUGUUGUGUGCAAUACAGUAACAAAAGCACCAGGGAGUCAAGUUCCAAUAGACAUGAGCCUCGUGAGAACUCCCAGUCAGCACACAGUGCAGGUGCCAUUAGUAGCAGUGUCCACGAUUUGAGCCCCACUCUCUGGCAUGCCCUGGAUGUGUGGAGGUGUACAAAUCACUUAGGUGGGGGACUAGCGGAGGCACUGAGGGCUCUGGCUACCUGUGGAAUGGGGCUCUCCAAUGAAAACUGGGUUGACACAAUGGUUGCACUACAAAUACUAGCUGAAGCAGCCAAGACAAACAUUGCUGCAAUGAAAAUUCUUCACAGCUUGGCACGAGGUGUAAGGCCAAAGGUCAGAGGAGGUUCUCCAACGAGCACCUCACAAUCAGAUGUCUCAGAUGUGUACAGUGUGUCUACUGAUGAGGAAGAAACCCAGAAAGGAAGAGAAUCAAGGAUCAGUAUUCCAUCCAGCUCUAAGCCUACUCUGAGUGACAUCUAUGAAAGAAGUGAGGAAGACAAAGAUUCAGAAAAGAAGCUUUCUAGACAUUCUCGUAGAGGGGACAUUGAAAUGACACCCACAGAGCCAGAAAUUAAGCAGUUCCCAUUGAGGAGAUCCAAACCAGUGGCCCUCAGUGUAGAAAACUUGGAAAAGUUUGAUUCAAAACUGGCAUCUAAGGAUUCUCCUAACACUGGUUUGAAAGGACCCGGGCCCAGGGAGGUAUCAUUUGGAGAGAUCAAGGGGGAAAGGUCCAACUUGACAAUGGGAUCUGACAGACCCAGGAUUACCCAGGAGUCCAAGCGUACAGGAAGUUUUAUGACAGAGCCAGUUCCUGGCACAGGAUGGAAGGCAGAGGUGGGAUCUGAUCUUCCAGAGGGAAGAGCCUCAGAGGCUAGCUCUGUACCCACCUAUACCAACCUACCACUUCAAGAUGCCCCAGGACUAAAUGGCUGGCACUGGGAGGUGGCCAUUACAUACACAGACAUUUUGUCUGAUAUCUGCCUCCAUGGAAGCACGGCUGGGAUCCAGAAGAUGGCCCUGAUGGGUGUGAACAAGGAGCUGACUGACCCCUUCCAGAGGGGGUUUGUCAGUAUCCCCCUGGUCAGUGCCGGACUGUUGGACCUGGCUUUCUUCCAUGCUGCUAGUGAGGCUAGAGAUGGAGGUCCCAAUGACUGGAGUUGGAGGAUUCGCUUUGGUUCUAUCCAGUCUCUGGUAAAAAUCUGCCGCUGUUUGUCUUCUGACAAAAACAGGGAGGGAAUGAGAACAGCGGCCUGGAACAUUCUGAUCAGAGCUCACUCCAUGGAGAAGGAUGACAGGGUCCUUGAGGCCCUCAAAGUCGGACAAGUCCACACUGAUUUGGAGAAUCUUCUGGCAAAGAAGGACACAAUCACUCCUGCUACUAUCGGAUCUAAGAUUGCCUCAGGGUUGUCUACAAUUUACUUGCCUCCAUUACCCCCUGCAGUAGAACCCUACAUCCCCCCUUCAGCCAAAGCGAGUCCCCGCACACCUCUUCACAAGAGAGAACAGGCUCCUAAAGCUGACAAGAAGAACAGGACUUCUCUGAAGGAGGAAAUCAUGCUGGCCACAGCUCUGUAUGAGGAGCCUCCAGACUUCAAGACGAGGACCGGAUUUGAUCUGAGGAGGAUUGUCGAGGACCAGUGGAGGAAAGAGCUUCAAAUUGAGUUGGAGGCUGAAGAGAAAGAAAGACAGAGGAAAUUAGAAAUUCAACAAAAAGAGGAAGAAGAGAGACAGAGAGAAAUAGCCGAACUAAAGGCUGGGAAGUUUAGGAAGAAGCCAAAGGAAGAAGAUAUAAAACAGGCAGAGUCAAAAGAGGAAGAGAAUGUAGAUAAAAAAUGCACUGCGGAUGAUCAAAAGCAAGAGGCAGGGGUGGAGAAUGAAGAGGAGAGGGGUGGUGGUCAAAAUAUGACAGAAGAAUAGUUUAACUAGCAUGAAAUGUUCAUGAGAGCUUUGUUGUUAAAAUCUGUGAUAAUCUAUUAUUGUGUUGAAUCUUAUUGUAUAUGACUUCAAAAUAUGUAAAUGCAUUUACCGGGUAUUUAAUGAUGUGAAAAACAUAUGUGUUA